CUGUAGGAAAGCGGAACCAUUGUUAAUGUUUGGCUUGUUGUUGGGGACAAAUUAUCUUGUAGGAAGUAACGUGUGUAGUGUAGCUAGAGUGGUCUUUACUCACGCAAAGUUUGCAUUUUGUGUCUUGGGAUGUCAGAUGAAUUCUAAUUUAUUCGAUUUAAAAAGAAAUUGCGAAUAGGAUGCAUAAUAUCUCGAGAACAAUUUAAGCAUUUUCCCAUGUAAAUAGUAUUGCACCUUAGUCUUGAAUACAGCCAAAUGUUUACAUUAAAAUGUUAUUAAACAGUUCCUCAUUUUUUAACAAUGUAUUAGCACAAUAAAUUGCACUGACAGCUUUUCUUUUAACAAGAAUAUGCUACCUUUCCGUUCAUAGGAGGUGUAAGCAUAACAUGCAAUGCCAAUGCUUUUUAACUAAAUUAAACAAGUCAUUGAGAUUUACCGUACUGAACAGUGGACUGCUGUCCGGACCGCAGCGAACUAAUGCCGAAGUACAAAGGUGGAUUUUUGAAAGAAGAUUAACGUUAGAAGAUUUGUGUUUUGAUUCACGAAAUCAAUUUUUUUUGCAGUCUUUGAACUGGAAUGCACCAGCUAAAACAGCGGACGUGUAUUAAGGGUUUACUUCAAGUUUACCGAUAAAAAAGAGACUUUUCACAUUAUAAAUAAUAAAGAACAGUGCAUCAUUGGGAGUCCAGUAUGAAUACUUGCAGAAGAGUAUCGUUCCUGAAGGCGUGUGAAUUUAUUCGUGGAAGAAGGUCCCGUUUUCACAGUACUCGAAGUGUGGCCUCCACAGCUGCUCAUCAGCCCAAGGUUUGUAUAGUGGGCAGUGGGCCUGCCGGAUUUUACACUGCGCAGCACCUGCUCAAGAAUCACCAGAGCCUCCAAGUGGAUAUUUAUGAGAAGCUGCCUGUACCAUUUGGUCUUGUGCGCUUUGGAGUGGCACCUGACCAUCCUGAAGUAAAGAAUGUGAUCAACACCUUCACUCAGACAGCCCAUCAUGAGCGCUGCAGUUUCUAUGGGAAUGUGACCGUGGGCUCUGAUAUCACAGUGGACUUGCUGAAACGGGCAUAUCAUGCUGUCAUACUGAGUUAUGGAGCUGAAGGAAACAGGAGUCUGGGGAUACCAGGAGAAGGCCUGCCUGGGGUUUACUCUGCUAAGGAUUUUGUGGGCUGGUACAAUGGGCUACCCGAAAAUAAAUCACUGGAGCCUGACCUCAGCAGUGAGACAGCCGUAAUUCUGGGGCAAGGAAACGUAGCUCUGGAUGUGGCUCGGAUACUGCUGUCUCCCGUGGAGCUUCUCAAGAAAACUGACAUCACAGAGAGCUCCCUGGAGGCAAUUGCAGCCAGUAAAAUACAGAGGGUGCUGAUUGUGGGAAGAAGGGGCCCCCUACAGGUAGCCUGCACAAUCAAGGAACUCAGAGAGAUGAUCAAGUUGCCAGGCUCCAAACCACAGCUGGAUCCUGCAGAUUUCGAAGGGCUCAAAGAUGUCAUUGAAGACUUGCCCAGGCCCAGAAAGAGACUGAGUGAACUGUUGCUGAAGGCAGCCAUGGAGAAGCCUGUGGGGAAGGAGGCAGAGAGACAGGCCGCGGCCUCCCGUUGCUGGGGGUUCAAGUUCCUGCGCAGCCCUGUGGAGAUCCUGGCCAAGGCGAAUGGUGCAAGAGCAGUAGGCAUCCGCCUGGCUGUCAACAGGCUGGAGGGCUCAGGAGACAGUGCCAGGGUAACACCCACAGAAGGGCGGGAAGAUGUGAACUGUGGCCUAAUUAUCAACAGCAUUGGUUACCAGAGCCUUCCUAUUGACCCAGCUGUACCCUUUGACUACAAGCAGGCAGUGAUACCCAACACAAUGGGGAGAGUGAACCAGGCACCAGGUCUUUACUGCAGCGGUUGGGUGAAGAGGGGCCCUACAGGUGUGAUCGCCACCACCAUGAAUGACAGCUUUGACACGGCGCGCUCUGUGUUGCAGGACUUAGAGUCUGGGCAGCUGGACACCACCAGUGCCAAGCCUGGUUAUGUGUUUGUAAAAGCCGUGUUGGAGCAGCAAGGUGUGUCUCCAGUGUCAUUCACCGGAUGGGAAAAGAUAGAUGCUGCAGAGAUAAUGAAGGGGAAGGAAGCUGGCAAGCCCCGAGAGAAACUGUUGGAUGUUGCAGAGAUGCUGAAACUAGCCAGGGCAUGAGGUAUUCCUGCUGGAGAAGACCACCCUACCCUACACAACUUGACACUGGAGUCAGAGUCCAGCCCAGAGACUCUGUUGAAGUCUGCAUUGUUGCUCACGAGACUGAGACUGCCGAUACAGAUCCUAAUGUAAGCUUAGAGGUCAUUCAGUUAAAUUCUUUGGCCAGUCCUACCAAUUUCUGGAUUAAACACCACAAUACUUACAAUAGCUAAAGACAUUCAGUGAAACAGCACAUUUCUGGGCUUUGUUUAAAAAAAUGUUUUACCACCUUGCCAAAUGUUUGUUUCUUGGUAAGCACAACAAAAAUAAGUCACAAAAUGUCUUUGAGGAUGCUAAUUUAAGAGAUAUUGCUCAAAACUAAGUCUAAAUGUUUCUUUUGAAUGUGAAAAGGUUUCCAAAGAAAAUAACUGGUAUACAACGUAACUGUUACAUGAAAACAGCUGAGACUUUGGCUUGUCUUAGUAAAACAUUUGUUUUAGUGAUUCUGCCAAUUAUUUGUAACCUAGCACUGACUUCUAGACAUUCCCAUUCAGAAGCUCAUGCAUGUGGAAUGUGAGGUGGAAAACCUAGAGUCAACAAGAACCACGAAACAACAUAUGAAAACGUUAAAAAUAAAAAAGGUAUUUAAUUGACCUAUUAUUAAAUAAGGACUAACUGACUAACUGUCAUUAUGUUGGAAUUGGGUACUGUACCUAAGUUGUUUUUUUUAAUCCAAGUAAUAUUUCAUAGUAUUGCCUAAACAUAAUCACUAAAAGUUUGUGAAUCUCUAGUUUGUAAAACUUUGUCCAUCCAGUAUCGGUUAUUCAGUGUCCAAAACUAUUCCCACCAUUCUGUAACAGUACUGUAUAUGUGAUGGUUUGCAUUCAAAUAUCAUGUACCACUUCAUUUCCAUGGAAUAUAAGAGAAAAAAUAAAAACAAAAAUGAGUAUUCCUACUAUAGACAUUUAGAAGUACACUUUAACUUUGGUAACCUCUAAGGUUUAUCAGGUAAAAUACAUUGUAGGGCUACUAAACAAACAUGCAUGAUGGAUUAUAUACACAUGUAUGCACUAAUUGCAGUGAAACUAUGUGUUUUCUAGUAUUUGAUUGAAGUAGACAAUAUUCUGAAACAAAGACUCACAUUAAUAUGUCAUUAAUCCCUUUUUUCUGAGCACAGUGCUUGUAAGAAAAAAGACACACCCAUGGAGAUGGUUAGACACAGGUUUAAAUGAAUCUCUGCAAAAUAUUAUCUGUCAGAUAUCACUUAAAAUGGUGAUGAGCCUAUGAAAAACCUACACAUGUAUAGAAUAUAUUGCUAUCCUGUUGCAUUUUUUAAACUAGUUUAUUUCAGUCACUGUUUAUUGGAAGUAGUUUGUUAAUCUCAAAUAUACUGUAGAUAGUCUUCUGAGUAUUUUAAGGAAGCAAACUGAUAACAAGGAGUUUGAAUAUAGGGAUGGGUUGUGAGUUUGAGUCUGCACUGCAUGUGCUGCUGUUGUACAUUAAGUGAGGUACUUUCAGGUAUCCCAGUACUCCAGUUCACCCAGUUGUAUAAGUGGGGUGCAGCGUUGCUGGGGGGUGAUCCCUGUGAUGGGCGAAGUCAUGGGUUCUCCUAGUCUGCUUCACAUCAUGGAAACCAGAAUAAGCUCUGGCCACAUAAUCUGAUGUGGUUUAGAUAUAGAAAUAUUAAUAAGGCACAGAUUGAAAGAGAAAGUAAAGGAAGGGAAUAUUCUAAUAGCAGGAUUUCUAAACAUUCUUUAUACCGUAGUCUGAAAUGCCUUUCAGGGGAAAAAUCAUUGUGAAUCCCCUCAAACUAUCAUGUGCCCAGCUUUAACUCCAUUUCAUUUGGAAAUUCCCUUUCAUAUCACUGUUUUCUUUGCAAUGAAGCAUAGAGAAUACAAUUAUGCACAUGCCUCAGCCAUGAAGUCUUUGAUUUGGAACUGGAAUUUCCACAUCCAGCUUGGCACAGAUUCAGGCUGAUCUCCCAUUCUACCCAGAGGAAGCUGGUUGUUUUACUUUCACCCUUAACAUGUAUUUUUUAUCCAUGUUGCAGCUACAGAAAACUUAUGCUCUUCUUAACUUCAAGAAUUGUUGUGAUUUCCACAGUUCCGAGACCUGGCUUAUUGAUAUGAUUUUUGAGUGUGGAAUCCAUAGAUAUCUUUGCAUGUGACCAAGCAAAUAAAUAUAUGGGACCAUUCUAUGUUAUUAUAUGAUAAAGAAAUAAUGCACAAUAAUGAAUGUGUUCGGCUGGGAUAACAUAAUGCCUUGGAUGAUUUGGCACAAAAGUAACACAUUCGUGAGCUCUACCAGUGACCUGCGAGAUGUCUUAACUGAUAACUGUAGAGAGAAACCUGGCACUUCAAAUGAAGAAUGCCUGUCCUUCAUGCAGGUACCAACCAAGCCUUUACUUGAUAAGCUUCUCAAAUAUUAAGAGAUCAGGUUUAUAGUGGGUAUAUCCCACUGGCUGUCUGCAUGUUUAGACAAAUUGACUGGACUUCUGAAUUGAUGUUUUACACUGUUUACACUGAUUCGUUUAAUAAAUAUUGCUUAUUAAACUA